ACAUCACAGCUGCAUAUGUUACUGACAGUAUUGAUUUGUGUUUUCACAUCUGUUUCAGUGAUCGCUUAUGAGGGAGAAUCUGUCACUCUACACACUGACAGUGAAAUACAGAGAGGAAGUGAGAUCAAGUGGAUCUCUGAAGAUAACAUCAUUCUGGUCACUGGAAAGAAUGGAGUCGUCAGAGAGACCAAAUGUACAGAUGAUGAGAGAUUCAGAGCCAGACUGAAGAUGAAUCAUCAGACUGGAGAUCUCACCAUCACAAAGAUCAGAAAGACAGAUGAUGGAGUUUAUAAACUACAGCUGAUCAGCAGUGAUGGAAAGAUCUCAUACAAGAUGAUCAAUGUUUUUGUCAACGACGGCCCUUCUCCAGAUCAGAAGCAGAACUCAGUGACUGAUACAGUGUUGAAAUAUGAGAAUGAUUCUGUCACUCUGAACACUGGUGUUACUGAACUACAGUCAGAUGAUGUGAUCCAGUGGAGGUUUGGAGAGACUCUCAUCGCUGAAAUCAAUAGAAAGAACAACAAGAUCUCUACACAUGAUGAGAUAUUCAAAGACCGACUGAAGCUGAAUGAUAAGACUGGAGAUCUCAUCAUCAGAGAUCUUGACACUGAACACACUGGGCACUAUAAACUGAAGAUCAUCAACAGUAAAGGAACAUCAUACUCUCAGAUUAAAGUUUAUGUCAGGGAGAAACUCAGAUCAGUAGUGAUGGGAUCUGUCACUCUAUACACUGAUGUUACUGGGAUACAGAAAGGUGAUGACAUUCAGUGGACAUUUGGAGAUGAAAAAACUCCCAUAGCUCAAAUCACUGUAGGGAAUAAAUCCUCAAAAGACUCAACUGAUGGGAGAUUCAGAAACAGACUGAAGCUGGACCCUCAGACUGGACAUCUCACCAUCACAGACAUCACAUCUGAACUCUCUGGAGUUUAUAGAGCAAAGAUCCACAGCAGCAGAAGAGGAACAGAAUACAGAAAAUACAGGGUUGACAUCUCUGUGAUCGCUUAUGAGGGAGAAUCUGUCACACUACACACUGACAGUAAAAAACAGAAAGGAAGUGAGAUCAAGUGGAUCUCUGAAGAUAACACCAUUCUGGUCACUGGAAAGAAUGGAGUCGUCAGAGAGACCAAAUAUACAGAUGAUGAGAGAUUCAGAGACAGACUGAAGAUGAAUCAACAGACUGGAGAUCUCACCAUCACACACAUCAGACAGACAGAUGCUGGACUUUACACAUUACAGCAGAUCAGCAGUGAUGGAAAGAUCUCAUACAGGAUGAUCAAUGUUUUUGUCAACGACGGCCCUUCUCCAGAUCAGAAGCAGAACUCAGUGACUGAUACAGUGUUGAAAUAUGAGAAUGAUUCUGUCACUCUGAACACUGGUGUUACUGAACUACAGUCAGAUGAUGUGAUCCAGUGGAGGUUUGGAGAGACUCUCAUCGCUGAAAUCAACAGAAAGAACAACAAGAUCUCUACACAUGAUGAGAUAUUCAAAGACCGACUGAAGCUGAAUGAUAAGACUGGAGAUCUCAUCAUCAGAGAUCUUGACACCGAACACACUGGGCACUAUAAACUGAAGAUCACCAACAGCAAAGGAACAUCAUACUCUCAGAAUAAAGUUUAUGUCAGGGAGAACCUCAGAUCAGUAGAGUUGGGACAUUCUGUCACUCUAUACACUGAUGUUACUGGAAUACAGAAAAUUGAUGAGAUUCAGUGGACAUUUGGAGAUGAAAAAACUCCCAUAGCUCAAAUCACUGGAGGGACUAAACCCUCAUAUGAUGAGAGAUUCAGAAACAGACUGAAGCUGAACCCUCAGACUGGACAUCUCACCAUCACAAACAUCACAUCUGAACUCUCUGGAGUUUAUAGAGCAAAGAUCAUCAGCAGCAGUAGAGGAACAGAAUACAGGAAAUACAGGGUUGACAUCUCUGUGAUCGCUUAUGAGGGAGAAUCUGUCACUCUACACACACAAAUACAGAGAGGAAGUGAGAUCAAGUGGAUCUCUGAAGAUAACAUCAUUCUGGUCACUGGAAAGAUUGGAGUCGACAGAGACACCAAAUGUACAGAUGAUGAGAGAUUCAGAGCCAGACUGAAGAUGAAUCAUCGAACUGGAGAUCUCACCAUCACAAAGAUCAGAAAGACAGAUGAUGGAGUUUAUAAACUACAGCAGAUCAGCAGUGAUGGAAAGAUCUCAUACAAAAUGAUCAAUGUUUUUGUCAACGACGGCCCUUCUCCAGAUCAGAAGCAGAACUCAGUGACUGAUACAGUGUUGAAAUAUGAGAAUGAUUCUGUCACUCUGAACACUGGUGUUACUGAACUACAGUCAGAUGAUGUGAUCCAGUGGAGGUUUGGAGAGACUCUCAUCGCUGAAAUCAAUAGAAAGAACAAGUUCACUACAGAUGAUGAGAUAUUCAAAGACCGACUGAAGCUGAAUGAUAAGACUGGAGAUCUCAUCAUCAGAGAUCUUGACACAGAACACACUGGACACUAUAAACUGAAGAUCAUCAACAGUAAAGGAACAUCAUACUAUCAGAUUAAAGUUUAUGUCAGGGAGAACCUCAGAUCAGUAGUGAUGGGACAUUCUGUCACUCUAUACACUGAUGUUACUGGAAUACAGAAAAUUGAUGAGAUUCAGUGGACAUUUGGAGAUGAAAAAACUCCCAUAGCUCAAAUCACUGGAGGGAAUAAAUCCUCAAAAGACUCGACUGAUGAGAGAUUCAGAAACAGACUGGAGAUGAACCCUCAGACUGGACAUCUCACCAUCACAAACAUCACAACUGAACUCUCUGGAGUUUAUAGAGCAAAGAUCAUCAGCAGCAGUAGAGGAACAGAAUACAGGAAAUACAGGGUUGACAUCUCUGUGAUCGCUUAUGAGGGAGAAUCUGUCACUCUACACACUGACAGUAAAAUACAGAGAGGAAGUGAGAUCAAGUGGAUCUCUGAAGAUAACAUCAUUCUGGUCACUGGAAAGAAUGGAGUCGACAGAGAGACCAAAUAUACAGAUGAUGAGAGAUUCAAAGACAGACUGAAGAUGAAUCAUCAGACUGGAGAUCUCACCAUCACAAAGAUCAGAAAGACAGAUGAUGGAGUUUAUAAACUACAGCAGAUCAGCAGUGAUGGAAAGAUCUCAUACAAAAUGAUCAAUGUUUAUGUCAACGAUUCAGCAGAAACUAAAGGAAAAGAAUCAACAACUGUUGAGAUGCCUUGACUGAAUGAAGCAGAUGUUUGAUCAGCUGAUAGAUGCUCAACAUCACAUCUGUCACAUCAUCAACAUCUACAGUAACACAACUGUUUCACUACUUCAUGAUCCGUCCUCUUUAAAAGAUCAACUCAUGUGUGAUGUUGAGCUCGAGUGAUAAAAGCUUUUUACAGCAAAAGUUACACGUUUUUGCAUAAAUAACAUAAACUUUCAUUUAUUUGCUGUUCAGGCAGAUCAAUGAUCAGAAUCUGUUUAUAUUUCAUAUUUCAUAUAAUAUCAUAUUAUCAGUUUGACUCUCAUGUGUUUGAUAUUGUGUGAUUAUAGACAGUAUUGAUUUAAUAUCUGAUGAUGAUGAAAUAUCAGAUAAACAUGAAGAACAUCUUCAGUCUUUCUUUAACCCGUCUCUAAUCUGCUUUUAUACACUUUUAUAUAACAACUAACACCAAAAACAAGUUCAUGAUGAUGACAAUCUGUGUUUAUCAUGUGAAGAAGAUUCUAGAAAAUACACGAGAGAAACAUCUUGAACAUCAGUGUAAGAUUGUGAUGUCUGUUCUGUUUUUAUUGUUAAAGUUUAUUUUUGUGUUUCAUUUACAGUAUCAAUUGCUACAUUAUGUGCCUGCUUAAGAAAAUCUGUUCUCUGAUCAGAUCUGAAUAUAAAAUUGUGUGAACUCAGACUCUCAGCACAGAUAUAACCAAACUUCAUAAAGCACUUAAAUGAAUAACGCUUGCCUUAUUGCUCUUAUUAGAAAAAACGUAGAAAAUAAGCGCUGGCUUUGUAAUUGAGAUAUCAUCUAAAUGAAAACAGUAUUAAAAGUGUUUGUGGCUGAUCAUUUCUGUCCUUUAAUGGAUAAACAGAUUAUUUAUCGGCUGUUUUAACAGUAAAGGCAUGCAAAUGUUGUGUUUUAUCUGCUUUAACAUGUUUGACUGAAUAUGUCAAUAUUAAUAAAUGAAAAAAAA